AUGGCUCACAGACUCUGCUUCUCCUACUGGCUACUGGUCUGCUGGGUGGUGGUAACUGUGGCAGAAGGACAGGAAGAGGUAUUCACCCCUCCUGGAGACUCACAAAAUAAUGCAGAGCCUACAGACUGCCAGAUCUUUACACUUACCCCUCCUCCCACCACAAGGAACCCAGGGACGAGGAUCCAGCCCAUCACCAGGACACCCAGGUGUCCCUUCCAUUUUUUCCCACCACAAAGGCCCAGAGUCCACAUUAGGUUCCCAUACAGACCUUUCCUCCCUCUGAUGUGCUACCACCAUUUUCAGUUCCAUCCAUUUUUUCGGCCGCACAGUCGCCUUCCUCCUUAUUAUUAUUUCCCCAGAAGAAGACUCUGGAGAGGAAGCUCCUCUGAGGAAAGCAGAGAAAAGAGAGAAGCCCCAGACGUGCUGAAGUAA